CAACUAUUACAGGAAUAUAUUUCAUCUGGUAUAGAAUACCUUUAUUUUUCGCUUGCUUUAUCUUUAUUAGGCAUACUCGAAAUUUUUGUUAGCAUACAUUUGUACCGAUUAAAACGAAUUAUAGUUAAUUUACAAACGAUGCUUGGCCAACCUCCAAAUAAAUUUUGGAAGUCUUUAGGAUAUCCAGUUAAUUGGUAUUUUUCAAUUUGUUGGUACUUUGUUACUCCAGCAUUAUGUUUGGCUAAUAUUAGCCGAACACGUGGAGUACUUGCUUACGUUACAACUCUUGGUCCUUUUGUGAUAACUAUUGUUUUUAUGAUUUUUCAAAUAUUUGGGUCUCUGCGUAAAGGAGAAAAUAUCCGAUUGCUGUUUAAGCCUGACUUUCGAUGGGGUCCUGAACUUAGUAAUGACCGAGAACGUGCAUUAUUUGAUGAACGUGCCGGAAGAGUAAUCUAA